AUGCAGCAGAACAGCUUUUUCCUUGGCUGCAACUACUCAAACCGUGACAUGAGAGAUAAUGCAAGAAGUGGCUGGAGUUUGUGUCCUGUACAGGACAUUGGCAACGUGAAUGUGAAUGUUGAUGAAACAUACUCGUUACUGUAUUAUGAUCUUUAUCUUAGACAGUUGAAGGAAACAUUGAAGCACACCAUGCUUGUGCAUGAAUCUGUCUUUGAAAGCCAGAUCCAUGAGCUUCAUCGUCUGUAUCGGAGACAGAAGGAACUGAUGAUGGAAAUGGGAGGAGCUCGACAUCACGAGGCCUUGAACCUAAACUCUAGUUUCCUUAGUCUUGGAACAACACACUGGAUGAGUUCGAGCGUCUCCACAUAUCAAACUAGGAAUGAAGAAAACAUUCCUAAUCAUCUUGAAGCUGUGGAUCAUGCUGACAAGUCUAAAGAGAAGGUCCUGGAUCUGGAACUACCAGUUCUUGAGUGUCAUGUAAGAAGGAAAGAGAGAGGUUCUGUGAAUGGAGAAGUCGGUGAAGUUUCAAACUUCGAUUUGAAUGAACCGGCCAAGAUCGAGGAACAUUCUGAUUAUGUGUUAAACCAGUUCCUGAGUCCAGUUACGUCAGUUGAAAUUGGAGAAGAGUCCGGUAAGAAGAACGAGGAAGAAGAUUGUGUAAAGAGCUCCAACAUAAGAGAGUUUGGAAUCAACUUGAAUAUGUCUCCCCUCUCAUAUGAAGAAGAAGAAGAAGUAAUUCUUGUUAACAAGUUUGAAACAGAGAAACCUCCAGAGUCUGUACCAGUUUCUUUGCAUGAAGAACACAGACCAGAGCAGUCUCGAGCGUUGGUUUUAGCGCUACCAUGUUCAAGUAGCAGUUUGCGAUGUAAGCCAGUGGUGAGAGGCUCAAGGUCAAAGAAGAAGGCUAAACUUCGUCCAAGCAACAAAACUUUCAAAGGGUCAGAUCUUAAAGACACCUCACAAUCUCGUAGCAAUGAAGCAAGGAGAGAGACAUUGUCUAAGGUGAAAACUGCAAGAGACCAGACCAAUCUAGGAAAGAAAAGGCGUUGUAAACCACAAAUGAAAUCUACUAAUGGUCACAAAGAAGUUGUGAAAAAGAAACGGAAGAAGAGCAGAAGGAUAUCUCUUGUUACAGAGGGAAACUAUGAAGAAGUAUCUGCAGCUGAAGCUAUAGUGGAUAUGUCUAGAAAGUCGGGUCGAGAAAUCUCUGAUUGCAUCACUUCAUUAGGCAGAGAUCUACUUUGGCUCGCUGAGAUCUCCCUUUUGGUUGCUGAGGACUACGAAAUAGACUGUUUUGAGGACAUGGCAUUGCAGCUGACAGAGAUGAAGCUAAAGGAGGACAAGAGAAUUCUGAGAUCAAACUCUGCAGACAACAAAACAGCAGUCUCCAGCAUUGUCCGUGGAAGGCAGAGGAGAAACCGAACUAGGCAAGGGAAGCAGAAAUGCAUAGAUAACCGGAGCGUAGGCACAUUUUCAGAAUCUGAAGCUGAUGAGGAUGUGCAGGUAAUAGGAAAGCUAAUUGAGGCUUCUGAAUCAAAAUGGAACAAGAGAAAAACCUCUGCUACUAAACCGAUGGUUAAAGAAGAAACGAGUGUCGACUGGGGAGCUAGAAGAAAGAGAAGACGAGGCUCUAGAAUUCCUGCUGCUGAUUUUCAGCAUUUGAUCAUCAACUAA